CACAAAGUUACCAUUAGAAGCUAAAAUGAAUAUCAAUAUAUUUUAUCAACAUCAUGCCAUCGAUUUACCAUUUUCUGGAAGGCUCCUUAUCGCUAUGAAUCAUUACGAAAAAAAUUAAGCGACGUGGGGAAUUCUGUUUGGAGUCGCUUAAAGGCAAGGUCGACAGCCAAAUUACGAGAGAACAUUCGACCAAGGCUGUUCAAUUCGAUUUAAAAAACACCUACUGCAAUCGACCAAUGUAAUGUCGGUGUGUUUGGCGCGUCGAACGGACGAUUAAAUUUUUGAUAAGCGAGGCUAAUCAACAUCAAAAUUUCGCACUGUCAUCCGCCCGAUCAUGAGUCCUUUGUAAAUUUUCGAUUUAUCAAUUCGAGUUGCAUCAAUUUCGUCACAAAAUUUUUCGUUGUGUGUCUCCCGCAUAUUUAUACCUAUUUCACAUGGCUUAAACAAUUCGAGUAGAAAGAACUAUGGCAAAGAACGACGAGGAUAAUAUAUCGAAUGGAAGCAGGAACGGCUACUGGACCAAAUUUUCGGAGAGCAAAUUGAUUCAAGUGGAAAGAGAAAUUCUGAAUGUGUUAAAAACAGUUUACAGAACAUGGUUUGUGUCGAUCGGUUCUGUGGUAGGCAAAGACGACAAGGUGUGGACGAUCGCUUUAAACGAAAAAGCGAACAAAACUCCGGUGGUGUUGCUGCACGGAUUCGCCGCUGGCCUCUGUUUUUGGAUCCUGAAUUUCGACGCCAUUGCCAAAGAUAGGCCUGUAUAUGCCAUAGAUGUACUGGGUUUCGGACGAUCCUCUAGGCCGAAAUUCAGCAGCAACAGCUUGGAAGCCGAACAGCAGCUGGUCAAAUCGCUGGAAGCAUGGAGAGUCCAGAUGAACUUGGAGAAAUUCGUGCUGUUGGGGCACAGCUUCGGCGGUUAUUUGGCCACCAGUUACGCCAUCAAUUACCCGGAUAGAGUGAAACAUCUCAUUCUCGCCGAUCCGUGGGGUUUCCAAGAGAAGCCCCCCAAAUUAAACGUGCCCCUGUGGUUUAAACUAGCUAGUAUUGUGAUAUACCCUUUCACGUGGUUCAAUCCGCUGGCUUCGAUCAGAGCAGCUGGACCCAUGGGUCCGUGGCUUAUAGGAAAAAUACGAAAUGAUAUAUCAGCAAAAUAUAGUUCAAUUAUAGAAAAUACCGACGUUUUUACCGAGUAUAUUUACCACUGCAAUUCGCAGAAACCUUCUGGCGAAUCGGCUUUCCAUUCCAUGGUACAAGGACUUGCUUGGGCAAAGAACCCAAUGAUGCACAGGUACCACACCUUACGCCAAAACGUACCGGUUACGGUUAUUUAUGGCGAAAAAUCGUGGAUAAGAAAAACGCCAGAAGCAGAAUUAAAAAAUAAACGACCCAAUUCUUACGUCAAAAUAGAAAUUAUUCCCAAUGCAGGGCAUCAUAUAAACGCCGAUCAGCCACAAUUAUUCAACAACACGGUAAAAGGAAUUUGCGAAGUGACUGAUGAUCGGGAAUUCCAAGAUUUCGACGGCAAAAAUCCAAAAUACACUGAUUGGGACAAACGAAUAGAGGACUAUUUAGACGAAGACGAUUUUAGCGGAAUGCAAAUUAUUAACACCAGACUUUAGAGAGCAAUGAGUUUACAUUUACUACCCGACGAGCACUAGUUACCUAUUGUGCAGCUGAACGAAACCUAUCCAUUUACCAAUUUCAAAUCACCGAUAAAUAUGUGCACGAAUUGUAUUGCAAAAACACCUGUCGAAUGAAUCCAUCAAAUAUCACAGUUGAAUGUUAAAAAAUUGUGUUAAUUCCCUAAAUGUGUAAACCAGUAAACUUUCAAAUUGAUUGGGAAAUUUUUCAUUUGAUUCGUACCAAAGACAACUGUUUUCUUGUUUGUGGAAAUCUACCAACAAAAUUAGCGCAAAGUAAAAAUUUGUAGGCCAGUAUUGACAAUUCAAAGGUUUUUAAAAUCAGUUUGAGAGGAUCUCUUGUCGAAACUAAAAUGUGAUAUUGUAAAUUAUGAAGUUAAACUUUCAGUACCUAUCAUUGUUUCCAUCGUUUGAUUAUAAUUCAUGUUGUAAAUACACGUCCUUUAACAUUAUUGUCUUAUUUUAAGUUAAAAAAUGUGUUCCAGUAGUGCCAUAUUAACUGGAAUUAAUUGUUUUAAUUUUGAGCCAGCCCUUUGAUAAGUAGCUUCCUUUGACAAGCCUGCUUCGGAUUGUUAAAAAUGUACCUGCAACUUAUCAACAGUUAUUUCUAAUUAAGCAAUAAAAUCUUGAAAUUAGAAAAAUAUUUAUUU